UCUCCCUCGCAAUAUCAUUCAUUUCCAUCCAUUUCUCUCGUUGCAAUCGUAACUCGUUCCCUGCUUCCCCCCAACCCCUUCCCGGCUCUUCGCUCUCAACCCGCCUUCAAGAGGGCUGUCGAUGCCUCCGCCGUGAAUCGUCUUCGUCAUCGUCGUCUUCUUCUUUUGCGGAGGAGGGGAGAUCGUCAUGGCGGUGAAGAAGGCAGCGGAGUCGUUCUCGAAGUCGUUGGCGGAGGAAGUGCAGCGAUGGGGCGCGAUGAAGCAGACGGGAGUCAGUUUGAGGUAUAUGAUGGAGUUCGGGGCCCGGCCGACCGAGAAGAACCUCCUCAUCUCGGCCCAGUUCCUCCACAAGGAGCUCCCAAUAAGGAUUGCGAGGAGGGCCAUUGAGUUGGAGAGCCUCCCCUUUGGGUUGUCCGAGAAGCCCGCCGUCUUGAAGGUGAGAAAUUGGUAUCUGGAUUCUUUUCGUGAUCUUCGAUCCUUUCCAGAAAUCAAGGACACAAGUGAUGAGUUGGCUUUCACUGAAAUGAUCAAGAUGAUAAAAGUGAGGCAUAAUAACGUGGUACCAGCAAUGGCUCUAGGCGUGCAACAGCUGAAGAAAGAUUUGAACCCCAAGGCUGUGCCCACAGACCUGGAAGAAAUUCAUGAAUUUCUCGACCGUUUUUACAUGUCGAGAAUUGGUAUACGUAUGCUUAUAGGGCAGCAUGUGGGUUUGCAUGAUCGUGACCCAGCACCUGGAUGUAUUGGUCUAAUAAACACUAGAAUGUCUCCAAUGCUGGUGGCCCAAACUGCUAGUGAGGAUGCCCGCAGUAUGUGUUUACGGGAAUAUGGGAGUGCUCCUGAAGUUAACAUUUAUGGGGAUCCAAGUUUCACCUUUCCAUAUGUUACACCACAUUUACAUCUCAUGGUGUUUGAGUUGGUCAAAAACUCGUUACGUGCAGUUCAAGAACGAUUUAUGGAUUCUGACAAAGAUGUCCCUCCUAUCAGAAUUAUAGUUGCUGAUGGAAUAGAGGAUGUCACAAUAAAGAUAUCAGAUGAAGGGGGUGGCAUUCCAAGAAGUGGCCUUCCAAAGAUUUUUACUUAUCUUUAUAGUACUGCUAAAAACCCACUGGAUGAAAAUUAUGGUGGGGUACAUGAUGGGUUAACUAUGGCUGGAUAUGGUUAUGGACUUCCAAUCAGUCGUCUUUAUGCCCGAUAUUUUGGAGGUGAUCUCCAAAUUAUUUCCAUGGAAGGAUAUGGAACUGAUGCUUACCUUCACUUGUCCCGACUGGGAGAUUCACAGGAGCCCCUUCCAUAAUGCUAUACCUGAUUCUAAUCGUGCCCAUUAGAAUGCUUCAUUCUUACAUUCCGUGGGUGGGAGGUAGUUAAUUUGCUUUGUUUCGUAAAAGGCAUUGCAGCUGAUUCGCAUAUGUUUGGAGAAUCAGCAACAUCCAAUUGGAAUACUUAAUUCACCCUUUCUCAUCUACUGAUUGUCUCGACAUUGGUUUUAUUUCAAGUAGAGCAGAAGGGUCAAGGGGGGAAAAAAAUCUGCUGUUAAUAUAUUUUCAAUUCAUGCUGGAA